AUGUUUAUCCAAGACCAACACACGUAUGCUGCUUUGCCAAACGCGCUUUACGAAGACGACGAUGACUUCUAUAAAGACGCCGUACGAGCAGCUAUAGAAAGCCAUAACCUACAUAACGAUAAAUGCGAAGUUACUUUUCGACUCAAGUACAAGCUUACCUACGGGGGUCCUUGGUAUUAUAUCUGGCUCGAAGAAAAAGAGCUUCAACAAGUAAUGCCGAUCGUCGUAUUGGCCUACUGGAAGAACCUUGGAGGUCGUUGCCAAACGACACAAUUUCUCAAGUACCACGUGUUGAGGAUCCUGGAGGAAGAAAAACGACGGUACAAAGUGCAAUGGAUAGGCUACAGCGAAGAAGAGUUUUCAUGGGAGACCAAGAAGAAAAUUAAUGGUAUCUGUCCUUGGGCUGUGCUGGCGUGGAAGGCUCGAAGUUAG